GAUGAAUCAUCUGUUAGCGAAAUAGGAUGAUGACAAAAGUCUGAUGUUUUGAUGUCUUUUUAACAUUUUUACAAAGCUAAGGCCAAAAAUGUCUCCUCAAAACCAUGAACAAGUCGUGACACAGGCGGUUAUGAACAGAUAUGUGAAUGUGGAGAAGACUAAACGUGACGUUUUAACAGCACUCCAACAUUACCGUGGGCUAGGACCAAAGUUAGAUAAAUUUGUUUUUAAUGAUGGCAGCGACCAAGAGUUGUUGAACCUAGAUGGGACGAUUCCUGUCCGAUACAAAGUAUUCCGCAGUGGCACUUCACGCUACUUACUGUGUCUUGAAGGCACGAUACCUGUUACAUAUAAAGGUGCCACAUACAACAUCCCAAUAUGCAUCUGGCUCCUGGACAACCAUCCAUUGUCUUCGCCAAUGGUGUAUGUCAAGCCCACCCCCGACAUGCUUAUAAAAGCUUCACGUCAUGUGGAUCAGAAUGGGAAAGUGUAUCUGCCUUACUUACAUGAAUGGAACCCGAAUUCCUCAGAUUUACCGGGCCUCAUCCAGAUUAUGAUAAUGACCUUCAGUGAGAUGCCACCUGUCUACUCAAAGCCAAAGACUGCUCAGCCUCCUGGUGCAACCCCAUACCCACUACCAUAUCCAACAAACUCUCCUGGUUACAUGCCUAUGCCAGGAGGAGGACCAAAUAUGCCAUACAGCCCAGCUCAAACUGGUGCCAAUACCGUGUACCCACCCUACCCCACACAACCUGGAGGCUAUCCUCCAUCAACCACACCAUACCCAGUUUAUCCUCCAGCAAGCACAGCAGGUUACCCUCCCUCUCAGCCCCCCACAUCAUAUCCACCACCUUAUUCUGCUGGGGGCAUAACAUAUCCUCCUUACCCGUCCACUACAUCCAGCAUCCCUACAGGGCAGGCUACAGAAACUAGUGGGGUGACUGGAACAAGCACAACAGCUAGCACCGGCACAAUCACAGAAGAACACAUACGUGCAUCCCUUAUCUCGGCUGUAAGUGACCGUGUUCGAGCCAAACUUCGAGACAGCUAUGGGGGCUCUCAGGCAGAGGUAUCAGUUUUGCGGCAACAACAGGCAGACCUCAACCAAGGGAAAAUCAAGCUUGAGGGCCUUAUCAGCAAAUUGGAGCAAGAGCAAACUGAAUUAGAUAAGAACAUCAGGGUUUUACGCGAUAAAGAGGGAGAGAUCAAGAAUGUGCUGUCACGUUUGUCAUCUGCUACGGAGCCACUGAAUGUAGAUGAAGCCGUCACUACCACUGCACCACUUUAUAAACAGUUGUUGAAUGCUUAUGCUGAAGACCAGGCCACUCAGGAUGCCAUUUAUUACCUUGGGGAAGCUCUGCGGCGAGAUGUGAUUGACCUUGAUUGCUUUUUGAAGCAUGUCCGUUCUCUCUCACGGAAGCAGUACCAGUUACGAGCAACAAUGAUUAAGUGUCGAGCAAAGGGGAACAUGGCUGGCUGAGAUGUUGAAUAUGCAAGGAUGACUUGAUUUAUAUGGUGUAUGUUAUUACAUUUGAAUUAUCAGUACUGGCAUGAACAUAGACAUGCUAAAAGUGAAUCACUAUUAGGGUACUGGAUAAGAGUUGAUAGGGUAAAUUCAUACUUUUGAAUAUGUGAUCAGUGUUAAAGUUAUCUUGUGAAAUCAGAAUGGGUUGUAAAAUGUAUCUUUCUCAAUAAUGCAAUCAGUUUUAAAGGGCAUUGCUGAAAUGUUCCAUGUUUACAUUAUCUUUUUUUUUUUUUUUUUUUUUUUUUUUUUUUUUUUUUUUUCUUUUUUUUUUUCUUCCUUGUAUAUACUAUAUCAGUGAAUUCUAAAAUUUGUGAUUAUCCUAUGCCAGAAGUGGCUCAUGGAUUCCUUUUGUCUUUAAAAUGGAAACUUUGAUAAUUAAAUGAAUGAUUGAAUGAACAAAGUAAAUAAAUAAAUGAUUGCUUCUGAGUAUCACUCAUUUUCUGUGCAAAUAGAUUGGAAUUUGCUUACACCCAUAGAAUUAUAAGCAAUGUAAUUUUUAUCCAGUUUUAUUUGUUACAUAUUUCUGGUAUAAUUAUUUAUAGUUCAGUACUGAAAACAAAAUAUAUAUAUAUAUAUAUAACAGGAGAAAGUUAUAUACUGUGGGAGACCUUAAGUUGGGUUUCAGCAUGUCACAAUUUAGUUAAUUUGUAUUUGAUUUCCCUUAUAUUAUAUAGUUCAAUCAUAGGGAAAGCAAUAGUGAUAGACAUGUUUUCAGAAUUUUUCCUCAUUUAUAAAAAUACAUUAUAUGCACUGCUAUGCUAGAACUUUUGCUUACAUUUAUCUUCCACCACAAUUUUCUUUUGCAAAAAAAAAAAUAAUAAAAAAAAAAAAAAAAAAAAAAUAACAAAAAAUAACAAAAAAGAAAAAUGUUGAAUAUUAAGCAAAUACAUGCUUGUAUGAGUUGUGUCUAUGAAGAAUGUUUUGAUGGGAGAAAAGAAAAUGUGAAAAAAAAAACAAAGAAAAACAAGGAAGAGUUAAAGAGAGUAAUUAGUGACAUAAUGAAUACGGGAAAGUGAAUUUUACAGGAUAUUCAAAGGUGAAAUUCUGAUUUAGACUUGGAAGUGCAUUCAUGAGUAUGUGAAGCAGAUGAUAGGUAAGGGAGUGUAUACAUUAUCGUACAUGCAUGUUCCAACUUUCUGUCGUCAUUAUUUUAAUGGGUUUUCCAUCACUUAUUCCUUUCAAACUCCCUUAUCCUGCAAAGCUUUACCCAAAGUUUGUCUUAUUUUUUUCACAGAAAAAGCUCAAGUUGAACUAUACUUUUUGAAAUGUAACAACAUUUUAGAAAGCAACCAUGCUUUGAUCCUAUUAGUUUAUAACUUCUUUUCUGUCUAGAGAAAAAUAAUGCUCAUAUAUAUAUGUAAAUAUAUCAUACCUCUUAAGAAAAAAGACAGAAAACUUGAUCAUACUUAUAUGGAAGUAGUCCUAUAAGAUUUUAUUUGAGAAACUAAAAUUUUCAGGAUUUCAUCCUAGCAAUAGAAUAUAGACAGAUAGGUCUUUUUUUUUUUUCUCAGUGUAUGUUCUUAAAAGAACAAGUUAGCACUGUAGCAGUUUUAUAAUACUAUAUUAAAAUUAUCAUCAUUUAUAGGUCAUUAUCAAUUUCAGUGCUCAUCAGUGGUGAGGGAACAGUAAGGUUAAAGAAGUAUAGAAGUUUUAUAAGACCCUUUUGGUUUAUAGAUAUAUAAGGAUAAACCAUCACAAACUUUAUUGAUUUCAUCAAAGCAAUUUGUAGCCAGUUAAAACAGGAUAACAAAAUGCAAGCAAAGACGCAUCAUUAAUAGAGCAAGGCAAAGUUAUUAAAUUAUUUUUGCAUUUAAAUUUUAUGGAAUUGUGAAAUAUAUUCUGAUAACACCAUUAGAGCACUUGGAAUUAAGUUUUAGUGAUCCAUUUGGAUAUAGAAAUAUAAAUAUAUAUAUUGUCUAUACAUGAUUUUCAAAAUGCUACAGAAGUUUGUGUAGUAUUUUGUUAGUGAUGUAACAGUUCACAGGAUGUUACUGUUUCAGAAACUUGUAAUAUCAGAUAUAACUUAUAUGUGAUGGAACAGUUUCCCAUUAUACCUGUAUAUGGUUUAACUUGAGUUUAAUCAAAACUUUUCAUGUUAAACUUGUAAACCCUCUAUCAUUGGUGGUAUAGUUGAACUUGUUUUAAUGGAACACUACUGUUAUUCCUAGAGAAACAUCUAUCAUAUGUAAUAUAAGUAAUGCUUGA